GGCGACGACGCGAUCAGGUCGGACCUAUCGAGACUAAUGCCCACAAGCCGGUAUUGCGAUUCUCGUAUAUCCCCCUUCCUGUCAGCAUUAAGUAAAAGUGGGAUGCAGAUCUUGCCAAUCCUUGGUUCGACCCUAAUCGUAGAUGACGACAGUUGUGGUCAGGAAACGGCGCCGGCUACUGUUGUCGUGCUCAUGAUGGAGCUUGAAGCUUCAGACGCACGCACAUAUAAAAAAUAGGGACAACUGCCACUGGUUUACUGAUGCUUGUCUCGCUCACAAUAUUCACUAUAUAUCAGUGUUUCUAGCAUCAAUUUGUGGUUACAAAUACAGAAUCCAGCAAUAUCCUUACUUUCUUCUUGUUUCCGCCACUGCGAGAUCUGACACUUUUCCAACGCAAUGUUGCCGGCAGCUCUCCUCGCCCUCGCAGGCCUCACCGCCGCCUCGCCUAACGUCAUACUGCACUUCAGCCCACGGAUCUGCAUGCCGGGUCUAGAGACUGACGUUCUGAUAACGCACCAGUGGGCCUACUACGCCCUCACCAACGGCACGGGCCAGGGCCAAGUGCCGGAUAACACCAUGCCGGGGAGCUACCAGGACCAGUUCUCGACGGACGCGGUCAAGGGCGUCGAGCCGACCACCACGGGCACCUCGCUCCGGAUCACGUACGGCAGCGAGUCGGAAGAGUGCGACGCUUCGCCGGCGGUGGUGGACGGCGUCUCGCAGGGCAACGCCUCGCACGCCACGUACUCGGUCGUCCAGCACAGGGGGUAUCUCGUCGCGGAGCAGACGGGCAACUACACGCUCAGCGUGUCCGCCAGCGAUCUCGUCGCCGCCUGGUUCGGGCAGGACGCCGUCUCGGGGUGGGACUGGAGCAACGUGGCGGUGAUGGCGCAGUCGGAUGGGGAUGACGAGGAUGGUGGGUCUGAUGGCUUGCAGACGUAUAGCUUCGAGGCUACAGAGGGCGACUACCUCCCGAUGCGCAUCAUGUACGUCAAUGCGCAGGGCUGUUCGGCGCUCAGCGUCAACUUCACUCGACCGGACGGGAUGGAAAUUCUGGGCGCGGAUGAUAUCAGGAGCCAGAACGUGAUUCGGGACUGUAUAGGUGGUGACCCGCGUUACCCGAACAAGGCAUUGCCGUUCGUGCCAUGGUCGCAGGAGUCUUAGGAGGUUGAGUUUUAUGCGGAAAGAAAGACUCGGCAGUGAAUCGGUGAAUCGAGUAGGAUUUAUCCAAUCAACUGACUGAUGUGGUGGAAUUUUGGACAUCAAUGCGCAAAUGGUUUUCUUCUGUGAAAAACGUUGUAUUCAGGAUGCAUUUAUCAUCAGCUAGUUGCGGCCGCCGUCGCGCGUCUGCAGGGCCUCUACAUAUAUUCUGAAGCUCUCAAUACAUAGCCU